GCCCUUUAACCUGAACGAAAGAUUUGUUUCAGUGUUAGAUCAACUGGAUGCCCGCGUUGAAAAAUUUCGCAAAGAUGCAUUGGGCCUGCAGGAGAAAAAGGAUUUUCUGCUCAUGUCUAUUGAUCUGAUCAAGAGUCACGAUAUGCUACAGUCGAUGAUGGAGGCUGAACGCGAGGAAAUCUUUUGCUACAUACAGCGCGUAAAUGCGCGUCUUUCCACCGUCGAUUUAAUGGUGCACACGGUGCGCGAUCGCUCCCAAGAAGAUGCGCUCAGUCAAAUCAACGAACUCAUCGAUUUGAUGAUCACAAUGGGCGAUCCAGUAAUGGCACGCCAGCGUUGCCAACAAUACCUGAAUGCAUGCUGCAGUGCAGCGGAGUCGGCAGCAUCGUAUGAAUAUGGCGUCGAUAUGGAUGCUGGUCCAAUAGAUAAGAAAUUCGAGAGUGCUCUACUGGGUUGUACGCUCGACGAUCAGAAAAAUAUCAAGAAGCGGUUGCAGGCUUUAAUGGGAUACUUGAACAAACAAACUGUACGAAAUUAAAUGAAUUUAGUGAAAAACAGCACAGAUAUGAA